GGAGUCCACGCCAGCAUAUAAGUACGGACGCCGCUUCUGUAUCAGCAGUUGACCAUUCCUUGCAGACCUAGACAGGUGCCUCCACAGCCACCACCUUCGUCGUAGUCACGGACUUCAGUCCCAGCCACAGGGGCAUUGCCACCACAUUUACCAGCGCGGCUCAUUCCCUCCCCGGUCCCGCCCCGCCCUACCUGCCUGCCUGCCUGCCUGCUCCCACCGCCAUGAAGCUCCUCAUCUUGCUGCUGGCCUCAAGUGGGAUCGUGCUAGCCUCGCCUAGACGCAGGGGUCCACAAGUGGUGCAGUCCGGUUUACCCCACGUUGAUCAGCACCGCUAUUAUCCAAGAGCACAACUUGAUACCCGGCAAGAUUCUGGCGACCCAAAUACCGUUUGGGUCAAAAUCAACGCCAAAGACCUUCCGCAUUUUGAAGCCCAACAAGCCAAUUUCCUUUCUCUUUCCCAUAGUAGUGUUCAAAACCAGGAGCCUCAAGCUCAGGACACCUCUGAUGCUCAGUUCACUGUUCCAUCAAGCCCCUCAAAAGCUUCCCCCCCAAGGCCUCAGCCAGUCCCAUUGGUAAGAGACCCCCAGACUCUUCCCCAGGUUACCCAGUAUAGCGCAGCGUCUCAAGACACGGGAAGGAGAAAGAGACUACAAGACGCGCUGGUUAAGUCAACUAGUUACAAGGUCCUCCGCGACGCUGGUGGCAACGCUCAGCUUUUCAAAAUGCAGCCAGAACUUAGGCCUCUUCAUGAGCGUUUGGCUGACAACUACACGCUGGUCAUACCAAAUCCAGUGGACAACUUCAGAUGCGAUGACAAAAUUUAUGGUUACUAUGCUGACGUCGAGAACGACUGCAAGAUCUUCCACGUGUGUGUGCCUUUCCAACAACUGUUCCCCGCUAACUUCACAACUCCAUACACUUUACAGUAUUCCUUCUUCUGCAACAACAACACGGUAUUUAGUCAGGACACCAUGACUUGUGCUUGGGAAGAUGAGGCGCUUCCGUGCGAGUUUUCUCAGGAACUGUACAAGUUCAAUCACAACUUCUUCAGGAGAGUUCUUAAAGAGGAUGGCCCCGGAGAAAGGUGGGCCGAGGUAAACGAACCUCUCUCUGAGGAAAAGUAACUCCGGCUGGUCGUGGUGAGGGUGGCGGGCAUUGUGGUGCAGGGCUGAGUGGGGCAUUAGGGCAGCUGCUUUCUUGGAGGAGUGUCUUGCUCUUCUUGUUUGUGUGUAUCCAUCUGGCAGUCGUAAGGACAGUCCCCCAAUUGCUAGUAGUGUAUCAGAUCACCAGAAUCACCAAGAUAGUCAAAUAAAUUUUAUAGUCAAUCUAAGUUGAAAAAAAAAGCGUUUAUUUCGUGACAAACUAUGUUCCUUCAUGCGACAUAGUAUGAAUAAAUCAAAAGACCAGACGAAACAGUUGAGGUCUUCGGCAGCAUUAAAGAAAACUAAGAAUAUAGAACAUAUACAAUGUUAUACGACUUGCCCAGAUUCUUUCUGUAUGGGCUGCCAGCAUCCUGGCAGCCCAUCGCUCGAAUACUAUAAACAGCUAAAAACUUACUGCAUUAUACCUACUUAAACCCUUAACGUUGCAGGCUAUAUUUGACAAAUCCUGCAGUACUUCAAUCUGUCGGUCUGUAAUAAAGAGUCUUGACCUUCA